AUGCAAAUAUGGAAAGGUCUCUUAUCAUCUCACACUGCUCAUCAAGACUCUCAUGUUCGUCGUGGUCACUUCUUUGCCAUCAAUCGCACCAGUGAUCUCUCAGCGACCGUUGGUCGGUUCUACGAACUUUUCACAACACAACCGGCAGAUGGCUUCGGUAGUAGUGGCGUUCUCGACAGCGAUAACAAUAUUCGUUUGAGGACUAUUGACAAAAAGCUGGCUCGGGACCAAGUCACAUUUGACGUGCCAACGGAGUCAGAAAGCAGUCAACCUAUCUUAGAAAGAGCUACGACUGUGAAUGGAAAGACGAGUGACUCUAAUGCACUUUAUUACUCUCUACCCUUUCCUGACUUAGAGGGUGGAGGCCACGUAAUGAGUAUUAGUGAGGCUUUCUUUGAUCAGGUUAGUAUGAGACUUAUCCUGGGCCCUAUUGAGGCCUAUAUAUAUAUACAUAUAUAA